CUGUCUGUACAGGUGCGGACCAGUGGGUUACUGUCUGUACAGGUGCGGACCAGUGAGUUACUGUCUCUACAGGUGCGGACCAGUGUGUUACUGUCUGUACAGGUGCGGACCAGUGUGUUACUGUCUGUACAGGUGCGGACCAGUGUGUUACUGUCUGUACAGGUGUGGACCAGUGUGUUACUGUCUGUACCUGGAGCAGGGCUGCUCUGUGGAGUCUGUGCAGGUGUGUUACACUCUGGAUAGACAUGGCUGUAAUGUGUAGUUUUCCUCUUUAACUGUGGCUGCACAGAGCAGCCGAGGUCUUCAUUCGGGACAAGUACGAGAAGAAGAGGUACAUGGACAGGAGUAUCGACAUCCAAGCCUUCCGGAGGGAGAAGAGCAGCGUCGGGGCGAAGGAGAAGAAGGCGGAGCCGGUGAUCUUUGAGAAGGUGAAGCUGAAGAGGGAUGAAUCCCAGCAGCUCAAGACCAGCCCAACCAAACCAGCGCAGCCUGAAGUCGACCUCCUGGGUCUGGAUGCCCCCAGUACCAACACUCCCGUUCCUAAUGGGAAGCCUAGUCCUGAACUGGCCAGCAGUCUGGACUUCUUUGGGUCCAUGACGACUCCAAGCUUGGAUUCCAGCAAGACGACGCCGGUCUCCAGCUCCAUGCCCACGGGCAGCAACACCAGCUCUGUGUCUGAGAACCUCAGUCUCUUCACCGACCAGGGCCAAAGGCCAGAGGACUCUGGGAAGAAGAUGUCCAAGGACUCCAUUCUGUCUCUCUACGGCCCUCAGACUCCGCAGAUGACACACAUGGCAGCACAAGAUGACCCAGCAGAUGGCGGGCAUGAACUUUUACGGCGCGAACGGGAUGAUGGGAUACGGCCAGCCCAUGGGCGGCGGAGCGGCGCAGGGCGGAGGUCACGUGCUGGGCGCCCACGUGUGGAAAUGAUCGCGGCUGGCUCACGGGACCAGGAGGAGGAAGAGGAGGAGGAGGAGGAGAGGUGUGGGGGCUGGGGGUGGCCACAGCAGCCUGGGGAGGGAGGGGCCGAGAGGGGCACACUUCAGCGACAGACGGUAUCGGACGUUGGAAAAGAGGAGAGGGUAGAGAGAGGGGCCAAAGCAUCCCCCCUGAAUCCCUGCCUUUUUCCCAGUCGUCCUGCGGAUCUCUGGAUCCCUCCUCGGAAAGACAGGCUCUGUGUGCGCUCCUCCCUGCCCGCUGUGUGCUCUCCCGGAGUCCGGCUGCGGGCCUCAGGAGACAGAGGCGGGGAAUGUCAUGGCGGGGCCUGUCAGACCAUCCCGGACUUGAUUGUUCCAGUGGCCACGGGCAACGCCUCUGUCUCUGUCUCCGGGGUUUAACCUUCGACCUUUGACAUCACGAGGAUCGAUGCCCUGCGCUGCGGCUGUUGUCGGGACCGUGGCUGGGUGACACAACACGAAUCGCAACAACGAUGGAUUCACUCUCCUGGAAGGAACAGUAACCUGGUUCCCGCUUCUCAGGCUGAAGAGUAGCCGGCGCUCCACGGAAAAUCCCGACUCCCCCGGUGCAGAGUAAUCUGAUCCGUGUCCCACGUUUUCCCACCUGCAGCUUCCUGUGUAAGUAAAAAAAAAAGUGCUGAUACCUUAACUGCACUGGUUACUUAAACUUCCCUACAAAGCUCUGUAUUUUAUUCAAUCCACGCUGCUUUGUAUCAGGUACAGUAAAUACAGUAUUUACACAAGCCCACAUGGCAUGGAGUUCGAUCAGAGCUUUGUCACUGCAAGGUGACAGGAACACUGUAAAACCUGGAGGGGAUCAGACUGCUCUGCACUGGGAGUCUUGCUGAUAACACUGUAAAACCUGGAGGGGAUCAGACAGAUAUGCAGUAGGAGUCUGAUCUUUUCCCUGUGUGGGAUAAUUGGUUUUAAAGCUGCUGUAGUUAGUUUUAAAUUCACUUUGCCUUCAUCACGAUGCUGUUCUUGAGCACCUGUCUAAAUGUACUAAUGAAGAAUGUAGAUGAUCUUUUGUAUUUCUGGUUGACGAACAGUAGACCGUCAGUGCAGAGGGGGGAGCCCUUAGGCUCGUGGAUUGUGGAGAAAAUCCGUCCUCCUCUGGCACCGCUCAUUCUUUCAUUCUCCGUGGACACGUCUGUCACAAGGUACAUCUCGGCUGCAUGCAGGAAGGUCACAGGGCCCAGCCGGAGCUGGACGCAGGUGUGCAGGUGUACAGGCGAGUGCUCCAUCACAGCGCGUUUCACUGGGGCUCUGCGGCCUGCUCGGCUGGGGCCGGGGGCGUGGGAGGGUACUGAGCGACUACAACGCAAGCAGAACAUUGUAUUUCCUGUCUUUGAAGGCUUACUGUAUAUCUGACGACUUCUAGAUGAAACCAGACUUUUUUGUUUGUGUUUGAAUAAUGGAUUUUAAAUGAACCUGUCUUGCCCUCUGAAUAGGCCCUCUAAAUGAGAGAUCUGACAUUACAAUACCAGUCAUUGGAAACCAAAGACUUGACAGUAGCCUUAAAUCCUGCCGGACUGCGAUUGUGAAGCCCAUCAGCUGAUCCCCUCGGCCUCCUGGCAGAAGUGGGCAUCACUGACCGCCGCUUGACUUCCUGACGUCCUGGGAUUCUGGGCAUUAAAGUUUUUUAGAGAUAUUUGCGUAUUGAUAAUGUGCUUGAAAUACAUUUGUUCAAACCUAAGGAAGAAUUUCAGAGGCUCUUAUUUUUGCGGACUAGGCAGGGUGCUUGUGACCCGAGUGUGACUAGCAGAGACAAUCAGUAGCUCGUCCUGGGAAGCAGCCGGAGGCCGUCGUGCUCAGAUGGUAGCGUAGGAGAGUGGGAGAGUCUUUCUUCUGUGCACUGAUCGAUAGAGACGGUGAUUCUGACACAGGAAGAAGGUCAUUUUGGGAGCAGGAUUGCUGCUGCUUUUGUCAGUGGGCUCCUCGGGCCUUCCUGUUUUGGGGUUGGAUGUGGAGGCUGUGGUGGGGUACCCUGCCUUGCUCUGGCGAGAGAAGAGCCCUCCCACCCUGUCUGUCCGGCAGGAGCCCAGAGGGUUGACCCAGUACACAGGCCAGGCCCAGUCUAGGGCCUCAGUGUGCUGCGCUCAGCGCUCGGGGCUCGUCUCCUCCCAGGACUCCUCACUGGGAGGCUGUGGGUUCGAGCCCCAGCUGUUGCGUCUCCCAGGUCACCGCGCCCAGCCAUCUGCGUGACGCAUGAAUAAUGACUGUAAGGAUAGAAGUGGCGAGGUGAGGGGUGGUAUCGGAGCCUCGGAGCUGUGCUCAGACACACCUCCACACAGCUGCAGGCGAGCGCGGGUUUGCUCAGUUCUCUCAAUGAAGUGCGGGAGCGGAAGGAGUGUGGAGUUGCCGGAGGGUGGGAGGGAUAGGUCCGGAACAGCUUCGAGGCUGUUCUCGGUCGCUAACCCCCCUCCCCUGCCCCCCAGACCACCUGGAAAAGGACCAAGAAGCACCCCGUGUCUGUGUGGCAGGGAGGGGUGCAGUAGAAUGCACAGGCGCUCCAGUCCCCUGUGUGGUGUGUAUCGCUUUGCUGCACAUAGCAGAAGUCUUCUUCAGGGUUUUGUGUUUUUGGCUCUCGCUGUCUGAGCUCAAUAGCAGGAGAGUCUUAUUACAGAUCCAAGAGGAUUUACAACUCAGUGUUUUCCUUCCUGGCCAUUUGAAUGUACAACUAAAUGAAGUCCAGAAUGUCUGUUUCUUGCACUUUUGUAGCAGCGUGACUACCUGGGAUCCCCAGCACAUGGCUGUGGCGGGAGUGGGGCAGGUGUGGCUCUGUGUUGGCAGGGCCGGGGGGUGGGGAAUCCCUCACCGGGUCAGUUGGGUGAACCCAUUUGUCCUUAGGAAAAGUUUUGGUAGUGUAGUAAACAUUCAUGCGUCAUCCUUAAUUUUCAUUUAACUUCUGUGUGUUCAGAAAUAGGUUGUAUAAUGUGGGAAUCAGAUUGCAGUUCCCUUGUGACACUCUUUUUAUGGAUUAAACUGUGUGAAAUUUCAGCUGUGACUGUGUGUAAAAUGUUGAAAGCUUUUUUUUAUUAUUAUUAUUAUUAUUAUUAUUUGUGCUAUAUUGUAAGAUUUGCAACUUUUCUUUACUCGCAGGUUUUGAGGUCCAGUUCACAUCUGUUACAAAAAAACAUUACCAGGUUUGCACAAAAGUGCCAUUUGCACAUUCUGUACUACUUUUUUGUCUUUGUGGUAGGAAAUUAAGAUUUCAGAGAUUUCACCUUAGAUGGCCUUUGAAUUUGAGAUGCUAUUCUGCACCCACAUCGUGCUGUAAUUAUCAGACACCUCUAGCCUACAAGUACGAGUCAUUUGGUGAGAGAAUUGCAGCCAGUGUCCCAUUGCCCCUGCUUUCACAAUGCUUUAUAUUCCAAUUAUUAUCAUAGUAUUCUGAAUAAAGAUAUAAAGAGAAAAAAUAGAUCUUUUAAUAAAUGAAAUUUUCGUA